AUGCAUCGAACCGACUCCUCUUUUCGACGUCAUGCUGGCGGUGGUAGUUUGCGUAGAUUUAGUUUUCGUCGAAAACCCACACGAGAAUCAGUACAGGAACCAACAUCAACAUGGUCAUUCAACAGCGAUACGCAUGAAUGGCAAUUACUUCGAGACGAUGGUGCUCAGAUUCAACUGGUUUACAAUAAAUCCGAACAUAUUCCCCUGAAAGAUUUCGCAGCAGAAAUCCGUGGUGGAAAAGACAUCAAAGAAUUUCUAUUGAGUGCACUCGUGCUUCUCGAUGUACAAGACACAUCGAUAUGGGAUUUGCUGGAAAUAAUCCUGCGAAGAAUCAAACAAACAAGUGUUCCUCAUAAUGGUGGUGCGUCAUCAACACAAUCAUCCUCUCUGCCAACAGCAACGACAACCAUGAUCAGUAAUACAGUCAUCAGCAGUGGCAGUAGUGGACAUCGAGAGAAUUUGAACAUCGAUGAAAUCAAGCAAGCCUUGUUUGUGAAUGAUCGAGUUCGAAUUUUAGCGAAAACUCUUCAAGCAACAACAGCCACUGAAACGAAUUGGACUUAUGAUCAAUCAUGGCUCGCCAUCAUGUGCACAUCUCCAUCGAUAGUCAAACGGCAUGUGGCAAUAGCGCGUUUGAAAAAUCCGUGUAAUUUAGGUCGAAACUGUCAAGAAGCGCGCUUUAUCGUCUUUAUCUUGUCUCCGAUGAAGGAGAAAGGUACGAAAAACUUUCUCGAAACAGGCCGAACGUUUGCAACUAUCUUUGCUGAUAUUGAAUUACGUGCUAAACUAUUAAAAGCAACAACUCAACAGGAAUUUAUUUCUAUUAUUGAUAAACAUACAGAUAAUCUAAUGGAACAACAAACAUCAACCGCACGAAAUUCUUUUAUUGAUCCAUUUGAUGAUAAUACUAAUAGUUCCGAAUUGUUAAAAGUUAAAACAUAUUACUGUCCAAUACUUUCUGAUAUCUGUUUGGAUUUCUCACGUCGCUUACCUCAUUAUCUGUCUGAUUACUACGAUAUUUUUAAAACUCAUCGUGGUUCAAAUAAAGUCAUAUCAACAGCUGUUUUCCUCUACUUUGCUUGUCUUCUACCCAGUAUUGCAUUUGGUGUGUUGAACUCUCAAGUGACAAAUGAUCAAAUAAGUGUUUCAAAAGCUGUCGCAUCUCAAUGCCUCGGUGGUUUGUUUUUUUCGAUAUUCGCUGGUCAACCAUUGAUUGUAGUUAUGACUACCGCACCGUUAACAUUAUAUGUGAAAGUCAUUUCCAUAUUGUGCGCAUGGUAUCGAACGGAUUUUCGAGAUACAUAUGCAUUAGUGGGCUUAUGGAAUUCAUUUUUUCUCAUUCUUUUCUCGUUUUUCGGUGUAUCGAAAGUGAUGAAGUGGUCUACAAGAUCGACUGAAGAAAUCUUUGCUCUGUUUGUCUCAAUUGCAUUUUUGGUCGAUGCAAGUGCUCAUGUCUAUCAAAAUUUUGCAUGGAACUACUCAACAACAGCGUGCAAACAGUACGAUGAAUAUUGGAAAUUACGUCGAAUGAAUAAAACGAUACCCACAAAUUUGACUGGAGAUGUGCUGGAAGAGCCAUGCUCACGCGAUUCAAGUCUACUUUAUCUUCUUCUGACACUAGGCACAGUAUGGUUAGGAACUUUUUUAUAUAAAUUCAAACAAACGCCAUACUUAACAUCAGCAAAACGAGAAUUAUUGGCAGACUAUGCUCUACCGGUGGCUGUUAUAAUUAUGUCAUUGAUUGGAAGUCUUCUAUUCAAUAAAAUUAAUUUGCAAUCAUUUCCUGUUGAUCAUGAAAAUAUUUUCGUCUUAGUUCGAUUUAAAAAUGUCACUCUGAAACAAAUUCUUGCCACAGGUGGCUUAGGUUUUUCAUUAUCUCUACUCAUGUUUCUUGAUCAAAAUAUAGCCGGUGCGAUUGUUAAUUCACCGGCGAAUAAACUGAAAAAAGGCAAAGCAUUUCAUAUUGAUCUGUUUGUCAUAGCGAUACUCAAUGGUUGGCUUUCCUUGUUUGGACUGACAUGGAUGCAUGGUGCCUUACCACUUUCGCCGCUACAUGUCAAGGCACUUGCGGAUACUGAAGAACGUGUUGAACAAGGCCAUAUUCAAUCAGUUAUUGUCAAAGUUCGAGAAACUCGUUUGACGGUAUUGCUAUCUCAUAUAUUUAUUGGUUUAUCAUUGUUCAUGCGUGAUAUCCUCAAACAAAUUCCAAUGCCGGUAUUGGAUGGACUGUUUCUCUAUUUGGCAUUGACAUCACUCGAUGGCAAUCAAUUCUUCGAACGUGUUACAUUAUUUUUUACUGAACAAGCUGCUUACCCACCUAAUCAUUAUAUUCGUCAAGUCCCACAACGUAAAAUUCAUCUAUUUACUUUCUUUCAAGUUCUUCAAUUAUUAAUCUUAUGUUUUCUGGGCUUUUCACCCAUACUUUACACGAAAUUAGUCUUACCAAUCUGGCUUGUCGCUAUGGUUGCAUUUCGAUAUCGAAUAUUACCAAAGUUAAUUCCUUUAAAAUAUCUACGAUCAUUAGACCAACGAUUAUGA